UUCCUCUGACUGAUGCCUGCUGUUGUGGCUUUAUUUUUAUAUCCGCACAGUUUGAGUUCACCAUUGUGGUGACAGGUGUACUCCGACCAAGCUGCCCAAUAAAAGCUCUCAGACUCGUGAGGAUGACUGAACGCUUUCAGAUGGCAGUGAACUUUCACUCCCCCCCCCUAUUUUUUCUUUCUUUUCUUACAGCGUAUUAACCUAUCUGUUGCCAAACGAUGGUAACCUAACCUUUUCUAAUUGUAUAGAUUCUUUAAAAUUUGCUCAGUUUGACCAAGUAAGUGCGGAAUAGGCUAGAUUCAUGAAUGCAUUUGGUAAUUUGCGAUAUUUCCUGACUUUAUUAGUGCCGCACUCGUGUGUUUUUCUGCAUACGAAGGCCGACAUUGCUGCGUUCGGUCACGGGAGAAACGGUGCAGCGAUUUGGCUUAGCUCUCCAUCAUCUUUUCCGCGUCGUUGCCGUGCACAGUCAACUUAUGUUGGCCGGCGUUCUUCACGUCCUUUAUUAGCGAGGAAAACACAAGGUGUGUUAACCUGGAGCCCACCGAGGAGCGGCAGAUUUUGCUACCUCGCACAUAUUUGUCAUUCGCAGUCGGAGUUUGCAGCCACCAUAAUCAGGUUUCAGAUAAUGACAUGACAGAGACCCUCUCUCAUCCACGGUGGGCCUGCGAUAAACCAAACGUUAGGAUUAUAAUUAUUCCUUUUAUCAGUAUUAUUAUUACUACUGUUAUUAUUAUCAGCACUAUUUUCGCUGCUGUCAAGGGAUCCCUUGUGCAAGUACCUCUUAUUCAAAGAUGAUUUCUGAUUUAAAUUGCCUCAAAUUGGUCGGUCUAAAAAGGGACGCUAAAGUGUAACGUUUGCUUAUUGCACUUAGUAUUUAUAUUGAACAGCUCCCCAAUACCGGAACGUGUGGCCAUCGGAGCGCUGGAGCGCUGGAGCGCUGGAGCGCAGCCCUCGCCUCGCAGGCCGACACAGUGCCGGCGGAGCUUGAUGAACACUUCCAAAAGUUGCUGCUUCUGCGUCUUUCGCUUCAAUUAUGUAAUUAGGUUGAUAAUCACAGUGACGGAAUUUAACUGCCUUUAAUUUGUGGUUCGUGUGGAGAGUUUGAGCAGCCGGUGGAAGAAGAGAGAGGCUCUCCGCUCCUUCUCCGCUCCUUCUCCGCUCGGGCUCCAUCCACUGCAGCAGGCGGAGGACGAAGGAGAGCAGGAGCUCCAAUGGAUCUGCGGACAUCAGCAGCGCAGCAGGACAGUGACGAGCGGUGCCGGUGGUCCUCCGGACUCAACCCCAGAACCACCAAUUGGAGUCAUUCCUGGAGGGAGUGGACCAAUCAGCGGCCGUCUUUGAUGAAUAUUCAUGAGUCCUCGAUUCAAACCUUUGAGGCGAGUUUGUGUGGAUCCACAGCAUCAUGCGUGGACUUUUCACGGAGACAAACUACAUUUUCUUAUGAAUGGAGGGAGAAAAAAACAGAUCGGCUUAAAUUGGGAUCCAUCCUUCACUGAGAUCAUAGAAGAAAACAAAAAGGAGGAGAGGAGAUCAGCCAGAAGAGAUGACAAUGACUACAAUGCCAGAAAGUCUUAAUAGCCCAGUCUCAGGAAAGACCGUCUUCAUGGAAUUCGGGCCACCGAGUCAGCAAAUGUCUCCGUCCUCUAUGUCCCACGGACAUUAUUCCAUGCACUGUUUACAUUCGGCUGGUCAUUCUCAACAGGACAGCUCGUAUGGCACAGCUUCAUCCUUCUCCAGAUCUCUGGGUUACCCAUAUGUCAAUUCAGUUGGCAGCCAUUCCUCAAGUCCAUAUUUAAGUACAGUACAGUCCUACCAAAGCAACCCGACAUUAACACAGACGCGGCUAGAAGAAACAGCGCCGGAAGCGGAGAAGAACGCCGUGGUGGAAGGGGGAGAGGUGCGGUUCAACGGGAAAGGCAAGAAGAUCCGCAAGCCGAGGACGAUCUACUCGAGUCUGCAGCUGCAGGCUCUGAACAGGCGCUUCCAGCAGACACAGUACCUCGCGCUGCCGGAGCGCGCCGAGCUCGCGGCGUCCCUGGGACUCACACAGACACAGGUAAAGAUUUGGUUUCAGAACAAACGGUCGAAGUUUAAGAAGCUGAUGAAGCAAGGAGGGGGCUCCAUCGACGCCAACGCCCUGGCCAAUGGUCGCGGACUGUCCGCCGGUUCUCCCUCCGUGGCCCCGGUGUGGAACACGACGUCCACGGUGAAAACGUCCACGGGCACCGCGAGCCCCUACAUCCCCAGUUACACCUCGUGGUACCCCAGCGCACACCAAGAAGCUAUGCAGCAGCCUCAGCUCAUGUGAAGGCAGACUGUUGACCCCGCCCCCUACUCCAAGCCCCCAACCCCCAAGCCCCAG